AUGGCUGAUGAUUUUCCAAGUGCAGUUCCCGAAAAGUAUUUCGCGGACUUCUCUGAUAUUCUUGGUGGAAAUCUGGACUAUAGCUGUUUGGUUGAUGUGGUUGGCCAAAUAGUUAACUUCGGGUCUCUGGAAAACAAAAUAAUAAAAGGAAAAGACAACAUGAGGCUCUUGGUUGAGUUCUGUGACCCAAAUAAUGUGAAGAUGAUGUGUACUCUGUGGGGUAGUUAUGCUAAACAAGUAUACGAUUACAGUAGGAGUAACAUGUCCACCAUGAUUAUUUGUGUGAUCAGAUUCUGUUCUGUUAAAGAGUGGAAAGGUGCUUACUCCAUAUCUAGCGGGUAUAAUUCAACUCAUAUCCUGCUCAACCCAACACUCGAUUUUAUUGAGGAGUUCAAAGCAAGUCUCCCUGAUGAUUCACUUGCUCUUAGGAACAACGAUAGUAGCCAAUGGUCUGUUGGUACUGUUACUUCUAUUCGUGCCAGGUUUUUUGUUCUUAAUGAGAGGCUAACCAUCGGAGAGAUCAUUGAUAGCUCUGUGGUUGGCACUUUUGUUACUCUUGGGACCAUUGAAACAAUUGAUACUGAACGUGGCUGGCAAUAUCUAAGUUGCAAAUACCACAACAAAAAGUGA